AUGAAUCCUCUGCCUUCAGCGCCUACUCCUAUUAGCCCUCUGGGCCGGUAUCGCCUACUGUCUCCCAAUGCUGCGGUGCGGGUCAGUCCGAUAUGCCUCGGUGCCAUGAACUUCGGCAAUGCCUGGAAGGACUACAUGGGGACCUGCGAUCGCGCGGCCACCGAGAGCAUCUUGGACUUUUUCUAUGAGCAGGUGGUGGUGUGCAACUUUAUCGACACUGCGAACAACUACCAAUUUGAAGAGUCUGAGAAAUGGAUCGGAGAAUGGAUGAAGCAACGUGGGAACCGUGACGAGAUGGUCAUCGCGACCAAGUACACGACAAACUACAAAGGAGGCCCCGGCCACCCCCAUAUCCAAGCCAACUACUCGGGCAAUGGCAGCAAAAGUCUCCAUUUGUCGGUCGAGGCCAGUCUCCAGAAGCUGCAGACGACUUACAUCGACCUACUGUACAUCCACUGGUGGGACUAUUCUAGUUCGAUUCCCGAAUUGAUGCAGUCUUUGAACCACCUUGUGGCGGCCGGAAAGGUGUUGUACUUGGGAAUCAGCGAUGCGCCAGCCUGGGUUGUUAGCAAGGCCAAUGAGUACGCAAGGAACCACGGUUUGCGUCAGUUCUCCGUGUAUCAAGGCCGGUGGUCGGCAGCCUGUCGAGACUUCGAGAGGGACAUCAUACCGAUGUGCAAAGCCGAAGGUAUGGGCAUCGCCCCGUGGGGAGCACUCGGAGGAGGCCGCUUCAAGAGCGAGGAGCAACGGAAUGCCAAGGGUGGUCGGUCGGUCGAGCUGAAUGAACACGACAUCAAGAUCAGCAUCACCCUCGAGAAUGUAGCCCGACGUCUUGACACAGCCAUUACUAGUGUUGCUAUGGCAUAUGUCAUGCACAAGGCACCCUACGUGUUCCCCAUCGUCGGUGGACGCAAGGUGGAUCACUUGAAAGGCAACAUCGAAGCGCUCACGCUGCAGCUUUCACGCGAAGACAUUGAGGAGAUCGAAUCGGCUGCUCCAUUCGAGCUCGGGUUCCCCCACAGCAUGCUCUGGGGCAGCGAGGUUCCCGAGAACAGCCAGCAAGUCACCUUGUUGAGAAUGGCCGGCACAUUUGACUACGUUCCGGAAAGACAGCCAGUCGCACCAUCCAAAAGAGGAGCUUAG